GGAGAGGGAGCUUGGGCACAGUUUGUGGAGAACUCAAAGGAAAACCAACUCUGUUCACAGUCCCCAGCUCCCCCAGCCAUGGCACCACAGGGACGACUUCUCAUCCGUGGGGGUCGCGUGGUCAAUGAUGACUUCUCACAGGUGGCGGACGUGCUAGUGGAGGACGGCGUGGUGCGGGCGCUGGGACCAGACCUGCUGCCUCCCGGGGACACAUCCCGGGAGCUGCGGAUCCUAGAUGCAGCGGGCAAGCUCGUCCUGCCGGGAGGCAUCGACACACACACGCACAUGCAGUUCCCGUUCAUGGGCUCGCAGUCAGUCGACGACUUCCACCAGGGCACCAAGGCUGCUCUGGCAGGAGGCACCACCAUGAUCAUUGAUUUUGCGAUUCCUCAGAAAGGCAGCUCCCUCAUUGAAGCCUUUGAGACCUGGCGCAACUGGGCAGACCCCCAAGUCUGCUGUGACUAUAGCCUGCACGUGGCAGUGACAUGGUGGAGUGACAAGGUAAAAGAAGAAAUGAAAACCCUUGCCCAAGAUAAAGGCGUUAACUCUUUCAAGAUGUUUAUGGCCUACAAAGACCUGUACAUGGUGCAAGAUGAGCAAAUGUACGCUGCCUUCUCUCAGUGCAAGGAGAUAGGCGCCAUUGCUCAGGUGCAUGCCGAGAAUGGAGAUUUGAUUGCAGAGGGGGCCAAGAAGAUGCUGGCACUGGGGAUAACGGGCCCCGAGGGGCACGAGCUGUGCCGCCCGGAAGCGGUGGAGGCAGAGGCCACCUUGAGAGCCAUCACCAUUGCUAGCGCUGUGAACUGCCCUCUAUACAUCGUGCACGUGAUGAGCAAAUCCGCAGCGAAGGUGGUAGCUGAUGCGAAGAGAGAAGGAAAGGUGGUCUAUGGAGAACCAAUUGCAGCAGGUCUCGGCACAGAUGGCACUCAGUACUGGAGUAAAGAAUGGAGCCAUGCAGCCCACCAUGUCAUGGGUCCCCCACUGAGACCCGAUCCGUCAACGCCUGGCUUUCUCAUGAAUCUGUUGGCUAAUGGCGAUCUGACCACAACAGGGAGUGACAACUGCACUUUCAACACCUGCCAAAAAGCUCUAGGGAAGGAUGACUUCACUAAGAUUCCCAAUGGGGUGAAUGGUGUCGAGGACAGGAUGUCGGUGAUAUGGGAGAAGGGCGUGCACAGCGGCAAAAUGGAUGAAAAUAGAUUUGUGGCAGUUACCAGCACAAAUGCAGCCAAAAUCUUUAAUCUUUAUCCAAAAAAAGGAAGAAUAGCUGUAGGCUCAGAUGCUGACAUUGUGAUCUGGGACCCAGAAGCCACCAGGACGAUCUCAGCCAAAACACACCAUCAGGCCGUUAACUUCAACAUUUUCGAGGGCAUGGUUUGCCAUGGGGUGCCCCUGGUGACUAUUUCAAGAGGCAGAGUGGUGUAUGAAGCAGGCGUUUUCGACGUCACAGCAGGACACGGGAAGUUUAUUCCUCGACAACCUUUCGCUGAGUUCAUUUACAAACGAGUCAAGCAGCGAGACCAGACCUGCACACCGAUACCGGUGAAGCGUGCGCCCUACAAGGGAGAAGUCAUCACACUGAAACCCAGAGAGACAAAAGAAGGCGACACAGCUGGGACCAGGAUGAAGGGCCAUUCCUGAUCUGGAUGCUGGGGUUGAGCAAGUGCAAACAGAGUGAAGGCUCCCAGGCUCCCCUCCCCACCGUGCUGCCAAGCCCUGGAGAAGCACCUGCCAUUUCAACUCUCCGAGAUCCUUUAGGAAAAAUCAUCGCUCUAGGCCUCUUUGAUUUUUCUCUCAGAAGCAAUAGCAGCCUGCCUCACCCUGCCUUUGUUGCUAUGGAAGAUUGAGGAUAUAAAUGAAUAUUAUUGGGAUGAAACGUUUGCAUGAAGAUUCAUUGAAGAUUCUUUUUUCAAAUGCCAUCUCUCCUUACCCUAGAUUUCUUUCUUUGGGUUUUUAAAGAUUUCUUUCUGGUGUAAAGGUUUUGUUUGUUUGUUUUGUUUUAAUGUCUAUGUUUGUUUUAAAAAUCAGUGAUUUUACAUUUCACUGCAAUUAAUAAACAUCGGGAGCUUCA